AUGGUAAAAGGAAACAUAAGAAUAGCUAUUGAUAAAGGUGGAACUUUCACAGAUUGUGUGGGGAAUAUUGGUACGGACAAACAAGAACACGACACUGUUAUAAAGCUCUUGUCAGUGGAUCCCAAGAAUUAUCCAGAUGCUCCUCUUGAAGGUAUAAGACGCCUCUUAGAAGUGCUUGAACACAAGACAAUUCCACGUGGUAUUCCUUUAGACAUUUCUAAUGUGAGAAGUUUAAGAAUGGGGACAACUUUAGCUACAAACUGUGCUCUGGAAAGAAAUGGUGAACGUUGUGCCUUCAUUACUACCAAAGGUUUUAAAGAUUCAUUGUUGAUUGGGGACCAAACCAGACCAGACAUCUUCAACCUUAAUAUAAUGAAGGUAGCGCCCUUAUAUGACACGGUAGUUGAAAUAGAUGAAAGGGUUACCUUAGAGGAUUUCUCGGAAGACCCUUAUUUUACCAAGUCAUCUCCUAAUGAACAGGAUGGUAUCGUAGAAGGUAACAGUGGCGAAAUGGUAAGGAUUAUCAAGAAACCAGAUGAGUCAAGCGUAAGGUCUAUUCUACAAGUACUUUAUGCUAGCGGAAUCAAGUCUAUUGCGGUAGCAUUUUUACAUUCAUACACUUUUCCAGACCAUGAAAGACUUAUUGGUAAUAUUGCCAAAAGCAUUGGUUUCUCCCAUGUGUCGCUAUCAUCUGAAGUUUCUCCAAUGAUAAAAUUUUUACCGAGAGCUCAUAGUUCUGUUGCAGACGCCUACCUUACUCCAGUGAUCAAGAAAUAUUUAGAUAGCAUUUCCGCAGGCUUAAACCACGCUGAAGAUACUCAUAUUCAAUUUAUGCAGUCUGACGGUGGCUUAGUGGAUGGAGAAAAAUUUUCUGGUUUGAAAUCAAUAUUAUCUGGGCCUGCAGGUGGUGUAAUAGGUUACUCCAGUACAUGCUUUGAUAAAAAGAAUAACAUACCUUUAAUUGGUUUUGAUAUGGGCGGUACAUCUACUGAUGUCAGUAGGUAUGGUGACGGGAGGCUAGAACAUGUUUUUGAGACCGUUACCGCAGGAAUCAUAAUACAGUCUCCUCAACUUGAUAUCCAUACAGUAGCCGCUGGAGGAAGUUCUAUUUUAUCAUGGAAGAAUGGCUUAUUUAAGGUGGGCCCUGAUUCAGCAACUGCAGAUCCAGGUCCUGCAGCCUAUAGAAAAGGCGGGCCUUUAACUAUCACAGACGCUAAUCUCUUUCUAGGCCGUUUAGUUCCCGAGUUCUUCCCUAAAAUUUUUGGGCCCAAUGAGGACGAAUCACUUGAUUUGAAAACCACUACUUCGAAAUUUGAAGAAUUGACUAGUAUCAUCAAUAAGGAUCUCAGUUCAAAUUUAACUAUGGAAGAGGUUGCCUAUGGUUUUAUAAAAGUAGCCAAUGAAUGUAUGGCAAGACCAGUGAGGGCUAUUACCGAAGCAAAAGGGCACGUAGUAUCUCAACAUCGGCUAGUCUCUUUUGGUGGAGCUGGUGGACAACACGCUAUAGCUGUUGCCGAUUCAUUGGGCAUUGAUACUGUUUUAAUACAUAGAUAUUCUUCUAUUUUGUCCGCUUACGGUAUAUUUUUAGCAGAUGUUAUUGAAGAAAACCAAGAACCUUGCUCAUUUAUCUUGAGUGACCCAGAGACCAUCUUGAAGGUUAAAGAGAGAUUUUCAGAACUUUCUAAAAAUUCAAUUGAAAAUCUUUUGUCUCAGUCGUUUUCUCAAGAAGAUAUAGUCUUAGAAAAAUACUUAAAUCUGAGAUAUGAGGGUACUGAAACCAGUUUGAUGAUAUUACAAAAAUAUGAUGAUGAUUGGAAUUUUACAAAAUGGUUCUCUAAAGCUCAUAAAAGAGAGUUUGGAUUUUCGUUCGAUGAUAAAGAGAUCAUAAUUGAUGAUAUAAGGAUAAGAGCAAUUGGUAAAACAGGCGUUAGGAAAGAGAAAACGGUUGACGAGCAAUUAAGGGAGAUCUCUCAUUUCAGAAAAGCUGAUGCAUCAAAGGAUGCCAGUUUUACUCAGAAAGUAUAUUUUGACGAUAGAUGGAUUAACACUGCAGUAUUCAAAAUUGAUGAUGUUUCUACCGGAACAAUUAUCGAUGGUCCAGCUAUACUUGCUGACGGCACCCAAACAAACAUUAUUCUUCCGAACUGUCAAGCAACUAUUUUGAACUCUCAUAUAUAUAUCAAGAUCGAUAAAAAAUCUGAAAAAAUUAUUUCUGAAAGAAAUGAUCUCCAUAUUGAUCCAAUCAUCUUGUCCAUUUUCAGUCACAGGUUUAUGGAUAUUGCCCUUCAAAUGGGUACGCAAUUAAGGAAAACGUCUGUUUCAACCAACGUUAAAGAGAGAUUAGAUUUCUCAUGCGCUUUGUUUGACUCUGAAGGAAAUUUAGUGGCCAAUGCUCCUCAUGUACCUGUUCAUUUGGGCUCAAUGUCAACUUGCAUAUCUGCACAGGCAAAAUUGUGGGAAGGUAAAUUAAAACCUGGUGAUGUUUUGAUAACAAAUCAUCCGGAUAUUGGUGGUACUCAUUUACCAGAUAUAACAGUUAUAACUCCUUCUUUCUCCUCGACAGGUGAAUUGAUAUUUUAUGUUGCUUCGAGAGCCCAUCAUGCAGAUAUUGGAGGUACUCUACCCGGUUCAGUUCCACCGAAUUCUAAGGAAUUGUACGAAGAAGGAACUGCAAUUUAUUCUGAAUUCGUAGUGAAAGAGGGAGUUUUCCAGGAAGAACUAAUUUAUAAACUGUUUGUUGAGGAUCCAAGUAAAUACCCAGGCUGCUCUGGUUCAAGAAGAUUUAGUGACAACAUAAGUGAUUUAAAAGCUCAAGUUGCCGCGAACACGAAAGGGAUACAAUUGAUUGGCUCCUUGACCAAAGAGUAUGAUCUCGCUACAAUCUUGAAAUACAUGGCUGCAAUCCAGAAAAAUGCAUCCGAAUCCAUCAAAAUAAUGUUGGCUAAAAUAGUUGAACAUUAUGGUACAACCAAAUUUUCUGGUGAAGAUCUUUUGGAUGAUGGAAGCUUAAUAAAACUUCAAGUAGAUUUGAAUCCUGAAAAGGAGAAAUAUGUAUUUGAUUUCAAUGGUACAUCUCCGCAAGUUUAUGGCAACUUGAAUGCACCAGAAGCUAUUACGAAUUCCGCGAUUCUUUAUUGUCUGCGUUGUCUAGUAGGCGAAGAUAUUCCUCUAAACCAAGGCUGCUUAAAACCUUUAACAAUCAAAAUUCCUCCCGGUUCUCUUCUGAGCCCUCGGUCUGGUGCUGCAGUUGUUGGGGGCAAUGUAUUAACUUCUCAAAGAGUGACUGAUGUAAUCUUAAAGACAUUUAAUAUCAUGGCCGAUUCUCAAGGUGACUGUAACAAUUUUACGUUUGGAACUGGAGGUAGUAUUGAUACAAAGACUGGUAAACAAAUCAAAGGCUUUGGAUACUAUGAAACUAUAUGUGGCGGCUCUGGGGCUGGUGCAGAUUCAUGGAGAGGAUGUGGUUGGAAUGGUUCCGACGCUGUACACACGAACAUGACAAAUACGAGAAUGACAGACAGUGAAGUAUUUGAAAGAAGGUACCCUGUCUUGUUGAAAGAAUUCUCAAUCAGAAGAGCUUCUGGAGGUAAAGGUAAAUAUUCUGGUGGAAAUGGUGUUAUCAGGGACGUUCAAUUUCGUAAAGCUGUAACAGCAUCUAUAUUAUCAGAACGUCGUGUGAUUUCCCCUCAUGGUAUAAAGGGAGGACAAGAUGGUCAUCGGGGCGAGAAUUUAUGGGUAAGACACAGCACCGGUGCUUUGAUCAAUGUCGGUGGUAAAAACACUAUCUAUGCACAGCCUGGUGAUCGAUUCAUCAUCAGAACCCCUGGUGGCGGGGGAUUUGGAGAAUACAAAAAGUAA